GGACAGUGUUCUGUAAUAAUUAUAAUAAUUAGAAGAAGAAGACAAGAGAAAAUACAGUGACUCUUCUGGACCUUCUUGUCCUGUUCAGGGUCAGUAAGAUUUAUUUUUAUACAGUACUAUUAUUCUAACUCUGUGGUGACAGUUUGAAAUGUAUCUGCUGCACAGUGUCAGAUGAUGUGCUGGUUAAUGUUUGGAGGAGUUGAUGGUCAGGUUCAGGUUUGAGCAAGCUGCUGAGGAACAGCAGCAGAGGACCUGUCCAUGGUGCUGAACAGGUCUGCUCCCUGUCCCUGUCUCAGCUCAGUGUUUUUAAUAUGAUGGGAUGAUUUGUUUUCCCUUAAUGAAGGAAAUGAAAGACAGCAGUCUCACUUGGUACUGUAACAGAGGGAGAGAGAGAGAGAGAGAGAGAGAGUGAGAGAGAGAGAGAGAGAGAGAGAGAGGAUGUCAUAGUUUUUGGUCUGUACCAUGGAAGAAGCAGAUGGCUGCAGCCUUCCUCCGUUUCCUUCGCUCCUGUUUCCAUUUUCAUCCCCAACAUCUGGACUCGUCGAGGGCAAAGAGUGACACCCCGCAGGAGUGGGCUCCGUUCAUGUAGCCUUUGUGCGGGUGGAGAAAAUAAAGCCCCCCUCCUGUAGGCUGGAUGCGAAGCACAGGUCCAAUAACGUCGUGAUAUGGACCAAAAUAUCGAAGCGAGCGCGGAGCUAAGUCUUUUAUUUUGUCUUUAUUCUGUAUUAUGAGCAGGCGGCAGUGUCGAGGAGCUAGUCCUGCCCAGAAAGGAGGAGGAGGAGGAGAGACGCGCAGAAGGGUGUCGACGGAGAGAGGCAGGGAGAGAGGAGAAGAGGAGGGGAGGAACGGAGGAAACAUAAUAGAGUAGGAAUAUUUCAAGCUUCUUAUAAUGGCGGCUAAAUCGGACGGGGUCCUGAAGAUGAAGAAGAGCGACGUGGCCUUCACCCCGCUGCAGAACUCGGAGCACUCCGGCUCGGUGCAGGGGCUCCACCCGGACGCCCAGCCCGACUCUGCGGCCACCGGGGACGGGGACUUCGCCAACGGAGAGUCGCUGUGCUGCGGCGGGGGAGGCUCCAACUCGACGUGCCUUCGCCUGGGCAGGGAGCAGCAGAAAUACACGGUGUGGGACUGCCUGUGGAUCGUAGCCGCAGUGGCCGUAUAUCUGGCCGAUGUGGGCACCGACGUGUGGCUGUCGGUUGACUACUACCUCCGCCGUGACUACUGGUGGUUCGGCCUGACGCUCUUCUUCGUGGUGCUCGGCUCCUUCUCGGUCCAGCUAUUUAGCUUCAGAUGGUUCGUCCACGACUUCAGCACCGAGGACGGCGCGGAAUCCGCCGCCGAGUGCGCCCACAUGGAUGGGAAUAAGCUGCUGAGCGGCUCUGCCUCACACGGCGACGUUACAGCUCAACACCACCCGGCCACGCCGCAGAGACAGGCGUCGACCGCCAGCAAGAACACCACGACCAACAGCACCGCGAGCACCGCGGUGGGCAGCAGGAAUAAGAAACGCUCGGCCUACUACUCCUUCUGCGUCUGGUUCGGCCAGUCCGUCAUCCACAUCCUCCAGCUGGGCCAGAUAUGGAGAUAUUUCCAUACCAUCUACCUGGGCGUCAGGAGCCGUCAGAGUGCAGAGACAGAGCGCUGGCGUUACCACUGGAGGAUGGUCUAUGAGUUUGCAGACGUCAGCAUGCUGCAUCUGCUGGCCACCUUUCUGGAGAGUGCUCCACAACUGGUGCUGCAGCUGUGCAUCAUCAUACAGACACACAAGCUCCAGGCUGUGCAAGGUAUGACAGCAGCAGCCUCCCUUGUCUCUCUGGCCUGGGCCCUGGCCUCCUACCAGAAGGCCUUGCGAGAGUCUCGCGAUGACAAAAAGCCCAUUAGCUACCUGGCUGUCAUCAUCCAGUUCUGCUGGCACUUCUUUACUAUCGCUGCCAGGGUCAUCACCUUUGCCCUGUUUGCCUCUGUGUUCCAACUCUACUUUGGCAUCUUCAUAGUCCUGCACUGGUGCAUUAUGACCUUCUGGAUUGUCCACUGUGAGACAGACUUCUGCAUUAGCAAGUGGGAAGAGAUUGUGUUUGACAUGGUGGUGGGCAUAAUCUACAUCUUUUCUUGGUUCAAUGUCAAAGAGGGGCGGACAAGGUGUCGGCUUUUCAUCUAUUACCUGGUGAUCCUUGUAGAGAAUGCUGCUCUCAGUGCGUUAUGGUAUCUUUACCGGUCUCCCCACACCACUGACGCCUUUGCAGUACCAGCACUCUGCGUCAUUUUCAGCAGUUUCCUCACUGGUGUGGUUUUCAUGCUCAUGUACUAUGCCUUUUUCCAUCCCAAUGGGCCGCGCUUCGGACGCUCACCAAGUGGCCAGGGUCUCGACCUGGACCCUACUGCUCAGUUCUCCACACUACCAUCUGAAGGUGCCACCAACUCCCUGCGUUCCAACCGUGGUGCCACCGCAACCCUGGAGCGUGACUUGGGAAAGUAUUCUGAGCGGGACGGCUGCAUGCCGGUGUUUCAGGUCAGACCCACAGUGCCAUCUACGCCAUCAUCUCGUGCUCCACGCCUUGAAGAGACUGUCAUCAAGAUUGACCUUUGUAGGAACCGUUACCCAGCCUGGGAGCGGCAUGUCCUUGACCGCAGUAUACGCAAGGCAAUCCUGGCCAUAGAUUGCUCCCUGACUCCUCCACGGCUUCAGUACAAAGAUGAUGCUCUGGUACAAGAGAGGUUGGAAUAUGAGACCACAUUAUAGUUGUAGGAACCCAUACAGGGGUAUAGCUGUCAGAGGAUUAUCCUGCUAUCACAUUAACAGUAACAGAGACUGUGGCAAUAAGAAUUUAUUACUACCAACGAUCUCACUUUUCAUCUCUAUUUCCCCUUUUUCUUUUUCUGUUCCUUGGCAUCAGCACCUGUUGGUAGUGAUCGGAGGAGAUUACUGUGUGCAACGCAGUUGGUGUUGCUUGAUGGGUUUGAGUUCUUUGUGGGGUUGUUGCUGUUAGUUUUACUCACUAUCAUUAGGAAAAUCCUGUCUGAUAUGAACAUGAAUAAAUGCAAAUCAGCAGAGUGCUUCAACACUCUGCUCAGACCCAACAAGAAGUUGGUGCACUGUUUGGUUAUGGUUGGAAAAGUUAAGGAUAAAAUAAGCAUAUGUCCAUGUCCAUCCAGAAGUCAUCAGAUAUUCCACUUUAACCUAAAUGUCACCUGAAUUACACUCUAAUGUAAUGAAGAGAGGAAGUCAUCCCUCAUUCACAACAGUAGAAUCUUCAGACUGUCAUAUCUGUUUUUGUGUGUUUGGAAGUGUGUUAACUGUUUGGAUUUCUGAUCGUAUGUUCCCAUAGCAGCCACAUCUGGGUGGAUAAUUGCAUCAAUAUCUACAUGAUAACACUGAUCGCUCCUGUUCUCUUAGUGCCAAAAAGGUUCCUUUGAAACAUCCUAUAACUUCUGAGGAGUGGAGCACCUGCAGAGAUUCCCGGGUAGUCCAAAAAUUUCUUCUCUGGCCAAGUCAUUUCCUUCUUCUUGCAUAAGUCUACACUGGAAGACAGUCAGAAUGUCAGUGAACUACAUGAAGACAGUAGUCAAAGUAGCAUCUAUACUCAGUCAUCGUGUUUUGCUUGGAUAAAAGCAACCAAACCUGGCUGUAAGGAAGGAUGAGGAUGGAGACAGAAGGGCUGAAAGCUGGAAAGACACAAGCUCCACAGCCAUCUCUCAUAAGGAAAUAAGUCAAACUCACACAAUGCCAAGAAAAAAAUCUUCCUGGCAGCUCAAAUCAACUAUUUGCAGUUCAGCCUCAUAAACCUGGUUGUGCAAUGAUCUUUGCUUGUCUGUGGAGUAGAAUUUGGAGGUAAGAGCAGAAGAAAAAAGCAAAACACCAGAUAGCAACGAAAAAGAGAUGACAGGAAAUGGAAAUGAGUCGGGAUGGAGAAGAGAAAAUGUAGACAAGCAGCCAUCUCAGCCAAACUAAACCAACCACCAGGAUGUACAGUACUCUAAUAACAACAUGCAGCAUUUUUUACUUUAGAAAUGACGUAGAGGGUACUGUAGUCAUUGUAAUUCUGUGUUCUUUGUGUGUAUGCAUUGGUAAUAGAUGAUGAUGAUGAUGUGUGUGUGUGUGUGUGUGUGUGUGUGUGUGUGUGUGUGUGUGUGUGUGUGUCUGUGGUGUUAAACUAGAGAAGCAGCUCAGGAGGACAUAUGGUCGAAUUCUCUCAUCGAUUAGUGAUGGUACACCUUGACAUUUUGAUUUGAAGUCUUUGUGUUCUUUGAUAAGCACAUGUUACCUUCUGGUGAAAAUGUUCCUGUUUUUGUCCUCAAGCUAACCCAGCAACAGCUGUAACAUGGUUACAUAAAGCCACACAACACAACAUUUUAGCAUGGUGCUGGAGUCCACUGGCUUCAAUGAGAAGUGUGAACAAAAUGAUUUUUUCAACUUAAGUGCUGCUAUAAGUGCUUGAUCCAGGACCAUCAUACCAUAUAUUGUGGUCUGGAAAGAGAGAGAUUCCAACAGAUACAGGUCUAUUUCUCUAAAUUCAGCACAAAACGCACCUCUCUCUCUCUCUCUCUCUCUCUCUCUCUCUCUCUCUCUUCCUCUCACUCUCUCUCUCUAUGUCAUGUUAAUCUUGUUUUUCAUCUGUGAGGACACAAUCUACACUUAUUGAGUAUCAAAACAGACACUGACUUUCUUCAAAAGAGUUUAACUUGCUAAUUAGUGUCACAGUGUGAACGAAACAAACAAAAUGGUGGAUUGAGAGAUGAGGACCAGAGUGGAGAGCACUUUAGUGAAGUGUGGUGGCCUUUAGCUAAACUGUUUCUCUGGCUCUAUAACUGAUGCUGAUGAUCUGCUUUAAUGAAGUAGAUUGUUUAAAGUUUAAUUUUUCUCUCAUUCUUAGCAUUGCACUAAAUGAAGUUUCAUUAUAAUUUCUCACACUUUAACACAUAAUGUCAGUGUCCUUCAACCAUAAAUAUCACACAUCUUAAAAUAUAAGUUAUAUUAAUGAGAAUGACAGACUGAUCACGACUAAUCCAGCCUGGAGAACAAACUCACCCUCAGAGUUCACAUCAUAUUUAGAAUGGGCUAAACAAUUGUAAUGUGUGUCCACACCACUAGAAGUCACAAAGAAGACCACCUGUCAUGCAGUGAGUCUGUAUUUUCACCAUUCUUCCCUUAAUGUUCAUAAAGUUUAUGAUCACCCUGGACUGGAAUGUCCAGAUCAAAGUCAGCAGCAGAGUAUGGAGGUCCUUGAUCAGAUCAAAUAGUACCUGAUGAUGAAGCAAGACUGAAGCCCUUAACAGAUCAUAAAGAACAUACUAACAAUGUAGCUAUUCCCAGAAACUAGUGUGAUACAGAAGUUAACCCUCUGGGGUCUGGGCAAUCACCCAUGAAUGCAAAAGCACUCAAUAGGACCACAGAUGGUUACCUUUCCCUGCUGAUGGUGUGGGAGGAAAUAUUAGGGCCUUGAGAUUCAUCCUGUGAAAAAUCAAGAUCAAAUUUCAUUUCAGUCCAGGCAUUCAUUUUCAAGAUACCUUGACAAAUGUUUCAAAUGUUAGUCUAGAGAACAGACUGUCUAUCAUUUCCACCAUGGAGCCCAGGACCACUAUGAGUCAAAUUGUCACAGUGUCUCUUUAACAUACUGUGAGUAUCUGAUAACCAAACCCUGAACAUCUGAACAUCUGAGUGUGAAGACAAAACAUCUACACUACAUCCAACACUCACGUACUGUAGAUGAGCUGCCAGUCAAAUUCUCCAUGUUCAGGAAUUUCAGCUCAGUUCGGAGUCGAGGAAAUGCUAUUUAGAUGUCAGCUGUGUUUUAACAUUUUGAAUAUGGGCACAAAAGAACGUUCCAGGUUUUUUGAUUUGUUAUGUCACAAGUGCAAUGUUGUUUUUUGUAAGGAUGGAAAGAGGAGAGAAAAGCACAAAACAAGCCAAUAGGACAAGAAUGGCAUGAGACUCUAAACCUUUUCAUCCUGCUUAACCAAACCAGCGCCAGAUGAAUUGUACAAUCAAUGUCCAAAACUGAAGUCAAUUAAUCUUAAUUAAUCUUUUUAGUUUGGUUACAAGUACAUCUAUGGCACUGAGGAUUAGUGUGUAGGCCCCAUAUACACAGGGAAGGAUGUGUUUUCCAUGAUCCACUAUGCUGAAAAAAUUACAGAUAUGGUUUUUGGUUUUCUUACUCUGUAAAAGUUGAAAAGCUAGUUGUGUUUUGUAGGUGGUGGCAAGACAAAAAUGUGAAACUGGAGGAUCUUGAACGAUUCAGACACAUUUUUGUGCUUAUGAACAGAUCUGCUGUGUUCUGUCAGAAUCACACCAUACCAGCCUGUUCGGCAUGUUUCAGUCACAGUUACUUUAUGUUGCAGCCAAUCAUACUGUUCUGUUUCAGAUAUUUGAAUAUACAUUUUCUACUGUUUCAAGACCAUUCUUUUUUUUUGCAACUGACAUAAAACUCUGGUCCAGAGUGUAAGAAUUAAGGUAUUUAUUGGCACAAUAAUGCAGAAAUUGAAUAUAAUAUUCAUAACUGUUUAUGGUGAUAAAAAAAGGAUCAUUGUGUUUUUGUUACCUUAGAAUGAGCCUUCACUGAUCUACAGUAGCCCAUAAAGGACAAUCCAAACACCAGCUCUAGACACAGCCUUUUGAAGGGGAGAGUGAUGCAGAUUCAUCCUACACACUGUCCUUGUAAUCAAGUGGGCAUCAUCUAUAUGACGUUACAUAAUUGUUGUUAAUCUUCAUUUAAACUGCAUUACCUACUCAUACUGUACAAAGGUUUGUUUUGACCACAGAUUUGGUUCAUCUUAUGGCCUUUACUUCAUUUUAAGCAUUGAUUGUCUGUCUGCAGGAGUUCAGGUGAAGCUGUGUAAAACUGAAAAAAUUACCUCAUGUGAUGUCACCCGGGUCAGUGUCAGUGGGGGAAUAGGAGUUAUAAAGAAGUUUGUAGCUUGCUCCUCAACUCUGCUGCAGGCUAAAGCCUCCACGCUACAUUUGCCACUAUGAGCAUGACACACCUGAAUUUCUGACUGAAGUGUCAGUGGUCAAGUUGCAUUGUGAGAAAUAUGAAUGUGAUUUUUUUUUUAUGUGUAGAAGAAGCACAAGUUUUCGGAUGGCUAUAUACUGUUAGAGCUUGGCACACACUGUAUAAGGCUGCAUCAAGAUAGCACUGCGGGAGCUCCUGCUCAGAUUGUCCUUUGCAGCUGUGAAGAGGGAAAAAAUCAGCUUCUUUCUAAUUCUGUCAUCAAACCAAAUCCACACACAAGAUCAUUUAUUCAUUGUCAUUCAUAAUUUUUUCUUUCAAUUUAAAUCAUUUUGGCAUAAUAUAUUUGCUAUAGAUGACAGGAGGUCAGCUGAAAGUGUUCACACUGAACAAACCUGGCAUUGCCAGAUCAAGGUGGAUAUGUGAAGUAUGUACCAGAA